UUAAAAUAGUGUUUGGUGAAUUGACUUUAUACGGCUAGCUAGCUAGCUUGCUAGCUUUAGCGCCGCAAGCUAGCUGGCGAGCUAAUAUAGCAUAGAGCUAUUAGCUUAAGAUAACUGAAGGAUCGAUUACAAUAAAUCUGGCUAAUGGACAGUUAAUAAUAUAUCUGGCUGGUGGACAGGUAAUCAUGCGUUUUUACUGCUGGUUAGCUCAUAUUCCACUGUAUUAAGACCCUUAUUAAUCACAAGGCUAGCAUUAGCAAGGUUAGCCUAUUACGAGUCAGCAUUUGUUUUGAUUUAAAUGUUUUCGUUAAAAGUCUGGCCUCAUUGCUUUCUGCCUGUAGCUCCGUUCUAUCUGGAUUCACUCUUUAGUUCGACGGCUGCUCUCAGUCUGUGUGGACACUUUAUGGAUUUCGCUGUUUUAUUCAGAGAAAAAUACACUUUUACCUCUCCACAUCGACGAACAAGUGCUUUUUAUAUCACUGCAAUGUCUCGCAAAAAACAGAACGUAUCUACAACCUCCCCAGUACCAGUUGAGCCCCCACCCAAGUGGUUCGGGCCCACCGGUCCUAUCAGCGAGGAUUUCCCUGAAGAGGAGGACUUGAUCCUGACCAGAAAACUGACUGAAACAUUGCAAUCGUAUGACGUAUAUGAGAGCAAACAGGAGCUUCAGCACAGAGAAACGGUUUUGAAAAAACUGGAGACACUCUAUAAGGAAUGGCUCCAAGAAAUGUGCGAUCAGAUGAAUGUACCUGAAGUGGUUAAAGCCAAAGUUGGAGGCAAGGUCUUACCAUUUGGCUCUUAUCAUCUGGGAGUCCACUCCAAAGGUGCUGAUAUUGAUGCUCUCUGUGUUGGACCCGGAUUUCUUGAUAGAAAAGACUUUUUCACUUCCUUCUUUGAGAAGCUUAAAGCCCAGAAGGAGGUCAAGGACAUACGGGCCAUUGAAGAGACGUAUGUUCCUGUCAUCAAACUCACCUAUGAAGGCAUUGAGAUCGACUUAGUCUUCGGCCGGCUGGCACAGAAGAGCGUUCCUGAAAAACUCAACCUUCUCGAUGACAAAUAUGUGUUGGGCCUUGACAAGCGCUGCAUCAGGAGUCUCAACGGUUACAGAGUUACAGAAGAGAUCCUGCAGCAUGUGCCCAAUGUACAUAACUUCAGAAUCGCUUUGAGAGUCAUCAAGCUUUGGGCCAAACAGCGCAACAUUUACUCCAACUCGCUGGGCUUCUUGGGUGGUGUCUCAUGGGCUAUUAUGGUGGCCAGAAUUUGCCAGGUGUACCCGAACGCCACACCGGCCACUCUGGUGAUCAAGUUCUUCAAGGUCUACUCCACGUGGAUUUGGCCUGUCCCAAUUCAAUUGCAUCGAGUCAAGAACUGCUUGGACCGCAAUAUUUGGAAUCCCAAUGUGAAUCCAAGCGACCGCUGCCACCAAAUGGCCAUCAUCACCCCUGCUUACCCUCAGCAGAACACCUCGGUCAACGUGUCUCGCUCCAGCUUAGCUGUUCUAACCGAGGAGAUAGAAAGAGGCCAUAUUGUUGCUCAAGAAAUACAGCAGAAGGAAGCGAACUGGUCCAAAUUCUUUGAAAAACAGGACUUUUUUGACAAGUACCAGCAUUACAUUGUGCUGGAAGCAUCUUAUAUGACAGAGAAGCAGCGUCUUGAAUGGGUCGGCCUGGUGGAGUCGAAAGUCCGGAUCCUGGUGGGACUUCUGGAGAGAAACAGGCAGAUCUCCAAGGCACAUGUUUAUGUAAAGUCCUUGGCUGGACCCAGGAAGGCCAACAAAAAAGACGGAAAGAGCAGAAUGUGGCUGGUGGGACUGGACUUGAAAGAGGAGGUUUCUGCAUACCUUAAAGACCAGUUGUUCUGCGUCCUCUGCACCUUCACUGCUAUUAUCCACAACAUGGCAGAGAAGGCUAGGAUCCAGGUGGAGGGGGUGUCCAUAACAGCCACAUACUUCACAAGUGAAGAACUUCUUUACAAUCCAAAGUGUGGUUCAGACCCAGCAACGGCGCCACCUUUUUACACGCCGACUGUCACCGCAGGCAAACAGGGCACAAAAAGACAAGCAGAGCCUCAACCUCAGACGCCAGCCAAGAAGCUGAAAGCUGACAAGCCACCGGUGUCUAGGCCCUCAAUUUUCCACCCGUCCACUCCCACCACGUCUGCGUCACAAGUCCUGACGCCAAAGGCCAGAAAGAGACCUGCUUCUCCCCAUCUAACACCCACCGCAAGUGUCUCGCCCAGUAUGAGUCCGUCUCCAAGCGUCGACCCAAAAGUCCCGCGGAGACCCGGCACUCCUGCGCUUGAGACACAGACAAAAAAACCCAAAUAUGACUCGAAUUUACCAGCCAAAGAGUUGCUCGACCUGCCUCACUGCCUCACUGCCUCUGUUCCAAAUGUGAGGCGUGUCGUCAAACUGCAACUCCUCAGCAGGCGCAGCUGAUUGACUGCCGCUGACUGAAUGGCUGAAGACAAAACUUCAAAUUCAAUCACCUUUUCAUUACUAAGAGGGAAUAAAAAGUCAUAUUUCAUCUUUU